AUGAUACUCUUCGUGUCCCACGCGAAAGGAGGAGCCACUGGGCUACUCUGGCACGCGAUCGGGACAAAUCGAAGAAUUACUGGCGCCCGCUCGACCAGUUCGAAGAUCAACGAGAGUCAAGGUGAUCAAGGCUCUAACGCCACAAGAGCUGCUCGCGACAUUUGUGCUCUGUAUGGAGAUGGUGCCACAGCUGAGGGAACCUCUCGUAAUUGGUAUGCCAAGUUCAAAAAUGGAAUAUUUGACCUCAAAGACGCACCUCGUUCUGGCCGUGUAGUUGAGUUGGAUGAAGAACGAUUAAACCAACUUUUACGCGAAACUUCGCGCCAAACGACACGGGAACUAGCAGAGAAAAUGGAAUUCUCUCACACUGCUAUGGAGAAACAUCUUCACUCGUCGGUAAAGGUUCAGAGGUAUGGAGCGUGGGUUCCGCAUGCUUUAAGUGUCGACAACAAAAAUCAACGAGCCACAAUCUCCGCUGGUUUGCUUGCUCGUCACCGCGCAACUCAUGGACACAAGCAAGGAUUUCCUCAUCGAAUCGUUACUGGCGAGCAGCUUUUGUGA